GGGCGGGGCUAGUGGACGCACAUGCGCACAUGUGGAAAUUGAAGGUGGAAAUUAAAAUGUACAUAUUUUUUUCCUGUUACCUUUAAAUGAAAAAAUUAGCUUUUCUUAAACCAUGGAAAUUUGUGUUACGAUUAAUUAAAAAAGAUAAGAAGGAUUCGAUAACACAUUCAAAUCAGUAAAAUAAGCUUGAUUAAAUCAAGUAAUAUCUAAAAGGGGUCCGAAUCAUUUUUUUCAGUAUAUGUGUGUAUUUCUCAGCCGACCCAGCUGUCUGUUUUAAACGGUUUAGUAAAACUAAAUGAGAAGAUUGUGCAUCACCGCCUAGAUCAAACCCACACUAUUAGGGAUGCCAUAAGAGCCUAUGACUAUUCUAUGAAUCCAAUUGAUUAGUUCAACAACAUCAUUGCAUCAUUGUUUACGAACAACAAUAAUACAGUGUCUAGCUUUUCAAAUGUGAGAGUACGAUGCUUUUCUUUGUCCUGUUUGAUGGGUUUUGGACUGCUGGUCGGACAAAACAAGGCGAGGACGCCCCUUACCAUUGUCAUUAUUGUAUCACAUUUUAUGUAAUCAACCAUCCAUAAAACCAUGAAGGACCGGAACCACAAGUUGCAGCUCUGGUGAGAAUCACUGCACUUGAAUCCUAGUUCCGCUCCUUAUGGGAUUGAGGGCUAUAGACGGCUGACGGCAGAGGGAGGAGACAUCCAGCUAAACAGCAGGUACUGGCAGGCGGCGUCACUCGGAUGGUUUGUAAUUAGUUGUCUCCCUCUUCACAGAUCCUGACACAGAACCUCCGGAGAAGUAGAGCUGCAGCUUAGCUCCUUACAAAACGUGGAUUCACAUCAACAUUCACGGAGGACCACUGACGACCUUCAACUUGGAAGAAGCGUUCCUAAUUCUUGAACAUGUGAUUUUUGAAAAAGAUGCCCUUUAUUUGACAUCCGUGCAACCUGUGAGCUGCAGCUACACACUGGGGGCAGAACGAAGACCACCUGAACACCUCUCAGCUGCUGCGGUAAGUCGAUUUAUAGUCCACUUCAAUGGAGACCUAAAUAUACUAGUUAUGGCAUCCAAAGUUGACAAAUAUCGUAUUAGCUCAUUAAAUCAUUUUAUAAUCCAGAAGUGUGGGACCAGUGAGGAAGUUCGAGAGGAGAUACUUCAACCGCUGAUAUUGACCUCUUGUGAUUCAUGUGUUUAUGGUGUUGACCGUGGUUGUUGUGUCUGGAUGUGGAGCGAACUCCUCUGUUGACCGUGAGAUGGAAGUGUGUUGACUCUAGCUGGUCGACGUUGACUGUUGUCCUUUUAGUGUUGACCUGCUCAUAAAUUCCAGCAAAGGGGGAUAUGUGUAGGAAACAUCUGGUGAACAGCCAGGACCCACAACCCACUGUUUCCUGUGAACACCAUGUGUCGGCCUACGUCUCUGUGUUGGUAUUUAAGUGCCGUCACUGCAGUGGUAAUCCUGAUCGCGUCCUCUCCUCCGCUCCCAGGUCGUCCUCAGAAGUUGAACACAUCCAUGGAGAAGACACUGACAAUAGGUCUGACUCUUUUCUUAACGCUCUGUGUGGACAUACCAGGAGCUGGAGGACGGAAGGACGGGGCCCAUGGCGAGGACGCACAGAAACGUUCGUCGCGAUCUUCGGAUACAAAAGGAGGCCGUUGCUCCUACACGUUCAUCGUCCCGCAACAGAAACUCACAGGUGCGCUGUGUUUGAACACGCAGUCGGCUUCUGCCAACCAGUCGGAGGUGGCAGCGCUGCGGGCGGAGCUCGGGCGGCAGCAGGAGCAGCUGGAGAAGCUCCACGGGCAGCUGGAGCACGACGGGUCCCUCUCCAUGGAGGUCAGAGCCCUGCGCAAAGAGAGUAACGGCAUGAAUUCUCGCAUUUCCCAGCUCUAUGCCCAGCUGCUCCAGGAAGUCAUUCAGAAGAAGGACCAGGCUUUGGAGCAGCGGAGGGUGGAGAGCAUCCUGUUGAAUGCCACAACACAGGCGCUGCAGGUGUCCAGUAACUACAGGGAGCUGGAGAAGAAAUAUGGAGCCCUCACCUCGAUGAUCAGCUCCCAGAACCAGUUCAUCGGGCGCCUGGAGAAGCGGUGCCUGUGCAGGGACUCCGCACAGGCCUCUCUGUCUGCCCAGGUCACAACUGAACCACCAAAAAGCCAGACGAACGUGCACCCGAACUACAGCUCCGACGCCAGGGAAAUGGCGAAUGAUGUUCAAAGGGACCAAAGUGCUCUACCAGCACAGCAGGACAAAGCUGUCGCUUCCCUCCCCAACACCACAGCCAGCUCUCCUACGGAUCCUUCAUUCAUUAGUUUCCUUGUCACAAAGACUCCAGGGCCGUGGCGAGACUGCCAGCAUGUGCAGGAAUCAGGUGAGACCACCAGCGGGAUCUACCUGCUCCGUCCACAGAGCGGCAACCGCCUCCUGCAGGCCUGGUGUGAGCAGAGUCGGGCUGAGGGAGGGUGGACGGUGAUCCAAAGGAGACAGGAUGGGUCGGUCAACUUCUUCCGGACAUGGGAGCAGUAUAAGCAAGGCUUUGGGAACCUAGACGGAGAGUAUUGGCUUGGCCUGGAACACCUCUACUGGCUGACUCAACAGGCCCAAUACAAGCUGCGGGUGGCUCUGGAAGACUGGCAGGGCCGCCAGAUGUUUGCAGAGUACGACAGCUUCCACAUCGAACCGGAGAGCGAUUGGUACCGACUGCGGUUAGGACAGUACCACGGCACAGCAGGGGAUUCCCUCUCAUGGCACAACAAUAAGGCCUUCACCACUCUGGAUCGAGACAAGGACAGCUACACGGGUAACUGCGCUCACUACCAAAAGGGAGGCUGGUGGUACCACAUGUGUGCCCACUCCAAUCUGAACGGUGUGUGGUACCGGGGUGGACACUAUCGCAGCCGCUACCAGGAUGGGGUGUACUGGGCUGAGUUCCAUGGAGGGGCCUACUCUCUCAAACGAGUUUCCAUGAUGAUCAAACCCACAUAACAGUUGCGCCGUGGAUGUGUUCUGUGAUGCAGACAGAUGUGGAGGGCCUUAACGAACAUGUUGCAGUGUUCUUGUGUACAGUGCUGAGCCGUUGUGUCUUUUCCAUGAAUACUGUCGCUACAUGUUGAUUCGAGGCCAGUCAGUGAUGUGUGUACACUGUGAAUAGUUUGACAUUGACCAACAUGUUCUGUGUUGACAUGUCGGUUCUGUCUUGCAAUUUCCUGCCACAAUUGGAUUUUUUUUCCAAUUUUCAAUGUACUUUUAAAUAAAAUGAUGCCCAAUUA